UGCGGCGGUUGGCCGGGGCGUCCCCACGAGCGUUCAACAUGCGGAUUGAGAAGUGUUACUUCUGUUCGGGGCCUAUUUACCCAGGCCACGGCAUGAUGUUCGUUCGCAACGAUUGCAAGUUGUUCAGAUUCUGUAAAUCCAAGUGUCAUAAAAACUUCAAAAAGAAGCGCAAUCCUAGCAAGGUCAGGUGGACUAAAGCAUUCCGGAAAGCAGCUGGUAAAGAGCUCACAGUGGAUAAUUCAUUUGAAUUUGAAAAACGUAGAAAUGAACCUGUCAGAUACCAGCGAGAGCUAUGGAAUAAAACCAUUGAUGCAAUGAAGAGAGUUGAAGAGAUCAAACAGAAACGCCAGGCUAAAUUUAUAAUGAACAGGUUGAAGAAAAAUAAAGAACUACAGAAAGUUCAGGACAUUAAAGAAGUGAAGCAAAACAUCCAUCUUAUCCGGGCCCCUCUUGCAGGAAAGCAGCUGGAAGACAGAAUGGUACAGAAAUUACAACAGGAUGUGGACAUGGAAGAUGUUUCUUAGAACUCGUACUGUCUGUAACCAUUUCUAUAAGUGCAUCUGGAAAUCUCCUUUGGAGACAUAGAACUUGUAAAUUAUUGAUUUUUUUUUUCAUAUAAGGUCACUCAUAUGAAAGGGGAUUAAAGUACUUCCUUCCUACAUUGCUAUCUGCAGAACAGCAGAUAUGGAUGCUAGAUUGCAUCUCAAUGUUAAGCCUUCCCUGAGAAAUACACUUUUAUAAGUCAUGAAAAUUAUGCUUGUAAAUACAGAAGUGAAUUGUGGACAUAAAAUGGUCAUGCCAUUUGGUUAAUGGCACUAGGCAGCAUUUAUGUAAUAAUUAAUGACAAAUUCAUGACGAGUAAUAUAUAAAAUAAAAUUUUCAUUGCAGUAAAAUAUUCCUUUUCUAGAAGGGAUACAGCAAGGAA